AUGCUCGUCCACACCAAAAUGGAGCCAUCACCCAUCGUCGAACAGCUGGAACGUCUGGGAGACAGGAGCGCCCCCGAUCGCUCAACGAGGGUGAUGCGAGGCGUCUGCGAAGCCUGGGACCGCAUCCAACACACGGCAGACGAAGCACUCGCACACACGCUGAUCCGAUUGCUGCAGGACCUCGAUGACCUGAGCCUCGCACGCAUGGUCCUACCUGCCUUGCGCUAUGGCGCCGACCUCCCAGAGAAUGCAUGUGGCCUGCAGCGCCGCGUCGUGGAGAUGACGGCCGAUUCGCGAGCGAUCCUGGACCGCAACACGCGGUGCACGCAGCGCGCCUUUGACCACCCUUACUACCUGCAAGAGAAGGAGGUGCUGCAAGAGGCAGAGAUGCAUAGGCUGGGCCUCAUACUCUACGGCACCGAGACCCUGACGGACCGCGAAUCGCACCACCUCCGGCAAGGAGCCCCGGACCUGCGCCGCCUGGGCUCGGCAGCACCCCCCGGUGGCGAGGCGCCGGAGAAGCGUGCACUCUGCGAGGCAGACGCCCACGUCCUCCGCCUGCUCCUCUUCAGCGGCAGGACCUUGACCCAGCCCGAGCGAGGGGCGGUCAUGGCAUGGCUCGAGCGGUGCCCCAUGCAGGGCGCGCAAGCUGGAGGUCGCCUCCUCGGUAUGAACAUGAGCCUUGCACGCGACGCUACAGCUCGCAUGGCUUCCGUCCUGGCCGUGCUCGUCCCCACGACGGAAGACUCGCGCUGGGCCGUGGCGAUGCCCAGCAAUCGUAUGCACAGCUGCAAGAUUUCCGCCCUAUCAUCACCCACGGGAGAGCUGUUGAGCAGACAUUACUCGCCUGAUGACUCCGUCGUCAUCUUUGAUCUUGACCGUCUGAGGGGAGAGUCGGGGCUGUCGUUUGGCACCAGCAGGGCCAACCACGUCAGGAUCACGGGUCAAGGUGUCACGGCCUCGCAACUCCUGCUAUCCGUCGACCCCGCCACGAGGUCCCUGAGGGUGCACAAUACCAGUACCGAUAGGCUGGACGUGGACACGGGCAGACUUGUCGAGAAGAGCGUCCUGCGGGUGUAUCGAGAUGGCCAUCAACGCAAGGUCGCACCGGGAGGCACGCUGGUUCUGGAGGACCGCUGCGACCUGGUGGCCGGACGCGACCACAUCCACAUGUUUCGCAUCUUCAUGCGCCCCGGUGUGCACGAUGCCCUGUUCGACAGCAGGUUGGAUCAUUUCAUCCGCAGUGCUCCCGGUAACGCCAUUAACCUUUCCAGCUUGGGCGCGGUCCCCACCGCUACCCACGCUUCGGUUGCUGCGGACGGGGAUGAGAGCCAGGCGACCGAAUACAGCGACGUGGACGAUCCAACCCUUGGCGGGUUCAUCGUUGACGAUGAAGACAUAGAGACCGACGAGGAAGAGAAGCUGGAGACGGAUGAGGAGGAGAUGGAGGUAAAAGAGGAUACGGAAGAGGACGAGUACGAGUUACAAGAGGAUACGGACGAGGACGAAUACGAGUUACAAAGAGGAUACGGACGAGUCGAGUACGAGGUAGAAGAAGAUACGGACGAGGACUAG